GGCUUCAAAAAUAAUUUCCUGGUUGGGUUUGUUUAGCUGUUUUGACCAUGGCUGCGGAAGGCGAUUUUCUGGCGAGAUACCGAGCUGUGUCAAACAAAUUAAAGAAACGCUUCCUCCGAAAGCCCAAUGUUGCUGAAGCCAGCGAGCAGUUUGGUCAGCUGGCGAAGGAGCUGAAGCAGCAGGACUGCCUUCAGUAUGCUGCGUUCUGUAACCUGGCCAUGGCUCGGUGCGAGCAGACUCUCUUUAAUGCUCCUGGAGAAGCUCUGGCCUUGACCGAAGCUGCUCGUCUCUUCCUGUUAUCUGAGAAGGAGAUCCGAGCCCUGCAGGCGGCGGGCUUCGAUGAACACCUCCAAGCUGCUCUCAACUGCUACAGUUUUGCCAUUAAGGUGUACAUCGAGAUGAACCAGCCUGUGAUGGCAGCCAGCCUGUGUUUGGAACUUGGCAGCGCGCUCAAGGAAAUGAACAGACCAGGAGAAGCCAUUGUUCACUUCCAAAGGGCGGCAGAUUUACAGACUCAGAUGCCCAUAGAAGCGCUGCUGUCCAUGGGGGAAAUAGCCACGUGUAAAAUCAUCACACGUGACUAUGACGGCGCUUUGUCAGUGUUCACAGAGAUGCAGCUGAUGUGUCAGGAGAGAGGGCUGCAGCUGCCAGGCACCACAAACCCUAUAGGUGCCUUUAUGGACAUUGUGGCAAAAUGUGAGAUAUCCAGAGUGCUUCUGCUGAUGUUACUAGAGCCUCCACCUCAGAAGUUACUACCAGAACAUGCUCAGACCCUGGAGAGAUAUGCAUGGGAGUCGUUUGACCCUCACAGCCAAGUGACCUUCCUGCCUGAGAAUGUGUUCCUACUUCUGCAAUCUGUGGUGAUGGCGUGUCAGGAGAAAGACACAGAGUCCCUGAAGUCCUUGCAGACUGAGCUGUGGCCCUUUCUGACGGCAGAGCAGAACCACCUCCUCCACCUGGUGGUUAUGGAGCGAAUUGCACCAUCUGGACAAGGCAUUUAGAGCAGCCUGAUUUGUAGCGGCUUCUUCGAGGGAGCAGCACUGUGUGUAAUGGAAUAUUCCUGCUCCUUAUGGGUCUGUUGUAAGGCCUGGAGAAGGCUUGUUUUCACCAUUUAGAAACUGUCCUGGAAACAGAUAUUUUCUGUCACUCACUCAUCUCAUCCCGGAGCGAAUAAGAUGGCUGUGAAUUUUAAGAAGUUUUAGAUAAAAAAAAAACGUCUUCUGUAAGUUUGAAUAGAGUUUAUUAGUAAAAGACAUGGCUUAGAUUCCAAUGUAAAUACAAACAAACUGUCUAAUGCAUAGUUCUGUUCAAUAGUAGAAUGUAACGCUUCCACCCUUCAUCCCUGGAUUGUUUUAAGGUUCACUUGUACAAAUGUACUUUACAUCAGAUAGCAGCCGGCUACAGACAGAAAACAAAAUACAGCUUAAAAAAAAAAGCAAACUGAAUA